AUGCUCAGACCUCUCCGAACCGGUCUCUGGACCUGCACGCGGUGCCUCCGCCAGGCCUCGCAUAAUGCACCUCGGCGGCGCUGGCUCACAGUCGCUUCCAGCGCCGCCAGGCACGGCCUCGACGCCGCAAGCAAGCCGAUAGACUUCACGCCCCCAGACUCCAAGCACGACGACUCUCUCCUGCGCCAGCUCUUCGACUCUCCCCAGACAUUCAAGGAGUUUGCGCCGCCCUCGAGCCGGGCCUUCAAUGGCGACAACGUGGGGCUGUUCAGGAACAAGUACCUGACCUCGCCCGAGGGCUUCCUGAACUUCGCCAAUGUCACCCUCGAGAAGGCGCAGAAGCUGGUGGACAAGGUGCUGCAGGCAUCGACGCUAGACGAAUACAAGAUCAUCGUCAGGGACCUCGACAGGCUGAGCGACCUGCUCUGCAGAGUGCUGGAUGUGUCCGACUUUGUGAGGGUCACACACCCCGACGAGAAGAUACAGCAGGCUGCCUCGCACGCAUGGGCCUUGGUCUACCAGUAUAUGAACCAGCUGAACACCACGACGGGACUAUGCGACCAGCUCGGAAAAGCUCUGGACAACCCGGAGGUGCGCUCGAGCUGGACGGAAGAGGAGGAGACUGUUGCCAUUCUCCUAAGGCAGGAUUUCCUCAAGUCGGCGAUCCACCUGCCCAAGGAGUCGAGAGACAAGUUCGUGGACAUCUCCCAGAAGAUCAGCGAGCUGGGGUCUGUAUUCGUCGAGGAGAUGGCCCCUGAGGAUCACCAGCUACGCCUUCCGAGCAGUCGCUUUCAAGGCAUGGACCCGAGACUCGCUCAGAAAUAUACCAGCAGAGGUAGCAUCUACCUGCCGACCAUGUCCCCGGAGGCGACAGUUGCUCUGAGGAGUGUGCUCGACGAGGAUACGAGAAAGCUGAUCUACUACGCUACCCGCACGUCGUCCACUCGCUCCAUUAAGAUCUUGGAAACUCUGCUGAGCUUGCGCUCCGAGCUGGCAACCCUGUCAGGAUUCGACAGCUAUGGUCAGAUGGCUUUGCGAGACCGGAUGAUGGCCAAGUCUCCGGAGUCCGUACACCAGUUCUUACUCUCGCUUGCCCAGCAUAACGGCAAAUUUGUGGACCAGGAAGUGGCAGACCUCUUGGCGCUGAAGAAGCAGAAUCCUCACACUGCGAACUCUGCAUCCCUGGAGCCGUGGGACAAGGACUUCUACAUGGAGAGCAUACGGCGAAGCAUGAGAUCGCAUAGGCGUGAAAGUGAUACUCUAUCGUCCUUCUUCUCCCUCGGAACCGUCAUGCAGGGGCUUUCGCGGCUGUUUACUCGAUUAUAUGGCAUCAGACUGGUGCCUAGGGACACUUUGCCCGGUGAAACUUGGCACCCGGAUGUGAGACGACUUGAUGUGGUCUCUGAUACGGAUGGACACGUUGCGGUGUUGUACGUCGACCUGUUCUAUCGAAGCGACAAGUCGCCAAACCCCGCACAUUUCACAGUGCGCUGCUCGAGGGAAAUAUCCGAUCAGGAAAUCCAAGAGGCGGCGCUGGAAACAGAGACGACAUCUCGCGAUGAGGCCAUUGAGGCAGCCAACGAUGGCAUGCAUGUCUCGCAGCAAUCGGGCGCGGUGAAGCAGCUGCCUACGAUUGCAUUGGUUUGCGACUUUCAUCAUGACAGGCGCGCAAAGAACCAGCCGGCGCUGCUGGACUACUAUCAGAUGGAGACUCUGUUCCAUGAGAUGGGCCAUGCCAUCCACUCCGUCCUAGCGCGGACCUCGCUGCAAAACGUAGCGGGCACGCGCUGUGCUACAGACUUCGCUGAGCUGCCAUCAACUUUAAUGGAGCACUUCUGCGCCGACCCUACCGUGCUGGGUCUCUUCGCUAGGCACUAUGAGACCGACGAGCCCCUCCCAUACGAGUUGGUAGCGGAGCGACUGAAGGUGGUCAACCGCUUCGAGGCUUCAGACCGAGAGAACCAGAUCAUCCUGGCCAUGCUAGACCAGGAAUACCACUCUUCACAGCCUUCGAACCCUGAGUUCGACUCUACUGCUGUCUACCACAAGCUGCAGCGCGAACAUGGAAGACUACCGCCGGACGGACCUGGCACGAGGUGGCAGGGCUUCUUCGGGCAUCUGUUUGGCUAUGGCAGUACUUAUUACAGCUACCUGUUCGACCAAACGCUGUCGGAGCGCGUGUGGAGAGUGGUGUUUUCAGGAGGCCAGAAUGGCGGUGCACUCGACAGGGCCAAAGGCGAGCAUUUGAAGGAGAACCUCCUGAAGUGGGGAGGCAGCCGCGAUCCCUGGAAGUGUCUGUCCGGCGCACUGCAAGACGAGCGGCUGGCCAACGGAGACGAGAAAGCAAUGGCGUUGGUCGGCAGCUGGGGCAUCAAGGAGGACCAGCACGAUCACAACUUGAAGCCGUAG